UGUACCCGCACACCCGCACUGCACCUGCCUCUAUUACCGGCGAACGUACUCUACAUUAAAAAAAAACAAAACAUAUCUUCAUAAUGCUUCAUAUACUGGCAGUUAAAAAAAAAGCAAAAACAGUUUUCUUUUUUCAAAAGUGAUUUGAAAAAUAAAAAAAUGACGUUAAAAAUGAGGUGUAAAUAAAUAAAUAAAAAUAAAUAUUGAUGUAAUAAUAAGCGGGUAAGAUGGGGAGUGGGUAAUGAACAGCCAUGCCUUGGAACUGCUUGUGGGGAUACGAGCCUCCGCCGCCGACAUGCCGCGUGAGUGCUCCUCUUCAUCUCAUACUGAAGGAGGGAGUGGCGCAGGCGCACGCGUUCCGCAGCAAGUCUUUCCGCAAGCCGCGGCCCUGCCACUGGUGCCACCAGCCUGUCACCAACCAGGCGUCUUACUGCAGAGUGUGCAAAUAUGUCUGUCACACGACAUGUGAGAGCAAGGUGUCUGGCGCGGUGGAGCUGGCUGACCCAGCCAACGCUGCCCUGCUCGCUCAACUCCACAACUCGGACAGGGCACGGUUCUCGGAUACCAGUUGGCAGAUUCACCGAACAUGGGCGCGAAAUGGAGACCCGCUCCCGCUCUCGCCUCCGUCCGCUCGUGCGCCCGCGCCGCCGGUCACCACCGCCGCGCCCCAACUCCGGACAGAUCAAAAUGGCAUCUAUGACACCAUCACUCCGAGAGCGGUGAGCGCGCCUGCCACCCCCGCGACACCCCUCGCCCGGGACCAGAGUGGCUUGCGGUCGGCGAGCUACCCAGGGCCGGCAGGCGGGUCCCGGCUGGACCUGUGUUACGUGGCAGAGCGCAUGCUGGCGCUGCACCUGCCUGAGAGAGACGCGCAUGCCGAGGCGCAGGCUGCGCACAUGCUCUCCAACAAACAUGGCGAGCAUUUCAUGGUGUUUGAAGUAAGCAGCUGUGACGGCUCGGGUGACGGGCGUGUGGCUCGCGCGGUGUUCGGGCGCGCACGGUCCCUCGGCUGGUCGGGGGACCUCGCGCCGCCGUUAGAACGGCUCUGCGCUGCCUGCAAGCAUAUUGAGAGUUGGCUCGCCGCACAUCCUAAGAACGUCGCUAUUUUGCUUGCGUGGGGCAGUCGCGAGCGGCUCGGCGUGCUAGUGGCAGCGUACAUGCACUAUUCGGCGAUAUGCGGUGCGCCUGAGCACGCGCUCGAUCGCUACGCCAUGCGGCGGUACCUCGACGACCGGGUCCCCGUCUUCCAUCUGCCUUCGAAUAAACGAUACAUCGAUACAUUUGCGGGUCUGCUGGCGGGUCAGAUCCGCGUGAACGCGGCGCCGCUACACCUGACGCACGUCAGCGUGGCCGGCACGCUCGCCUCGCCCGCCACCCCCACUAUCGCCUUCCUCAAAAUCUAUGAGAACUUCGUCUGCGUCUACACUUCAGGCUUAUACAUGGUGAGCGGUGGCGGCUGGACGGUGGGCGUGGGCCGCCUGGCGCUGCGCGGCGAUGUGGUGGUGCGCGCGUACCGCCGCGCGGCGCACGCGCACCCUAGCUCGCAGUCGUCCGUGCCGCGCCGCCUCGUCUUCGCCUGUCAGUUCCACACCUGCGCCGUCGCCGACCACACGCUUUCCUUUACUAAGCAACAGCUCGACCACGCUGCGCACGACCCGGCGUUCCCGAACGACGGCGCAGUGGAGUUGGUGUUCGCGCGCGGUGAGGGCGCGGGCGGCGCGCCGCCGGCGCCGACCCCCGCCGCGCCGCUGCGGGCCGCGCCCGACGCGCUCGCACGCCAUGACUCGCUCGAGCACCUGCGACCGCUGUCCACGCUCACUGAUGAAGACCCUGGUGAAAAUAACGGCAGUGCGGAGGGUUCGGGGUCCGGAGGUGAGGCCGGGGAGAGCGGGGAGGCGGCGCACACGUUCGGCCCGCUGGACGGGUCCAUCUACGCGACGGUGGUGCGCGCGGGCGGCGGCGGGCCCGCGUCGCCGCUCAGCGCGUCCAUGGACUCCGGCAUCUCGUCGGCGGGCCGCCGCGCCGCGCCCAGCCCGCCCGACGAGCUGGACGCGCUGCUGGGCGACAUGCUGCGCACGGUGAGCGCGCUGCCGGACGCGCCCACCUCGCAGUCGAGCGCCGACCGCGCGCCUGACAUACCGUAUCACGCGCGCGCUGACUCCGCGCCUUUCACGUACGGCGCCCCGGGACUGCGGCCGGGCAUGCUGCGCGCGCCCAACCGCCUCGCCAGCCCUGAGCUGGUGCGGCGCGCGCUGGGUGGCGAUCGCUCCUACAAGCCCAUCGAGGACGACGACGACGAGCGCGCACCCACCCCCGACGCCGUCCGCACCCCGCUCUCCCCGCGCACCCUGCGCAAGCUCACACACGAGGAUGUCACCACCACUUCCACCGCCGCAACGACGCCCUCACCUCUCAGAAAUGGAAGAUGGUUAAACGGUGACGCGGAGUGGGUGGACCGGCCACCUAGCAGCACCAGAAAAGCAUUGCCCGAAAAUGGGACUUGGCGGUCAAACAGCAGUUUGGGGUGGCAAGAGAGUACCCGGUUACGAGAGCCGAGGAGGUCAGAGAGUGGCACUGAGAGCUCCGGGCUGACGUGGCUGCAGCGACAACAACAGAAGCUGCGGGAGAGGAAGGAGGCAAGAGAGAGGGUCGCGAGGCUUCCAUUAGAGUGGGACGCCCCUGCUUCCCGACACGUCAGACGCUCUGCCAGCCAUCGUGUGGAUGGCUACACGAGCGACACAACAGCGUUCGCGGACGACGAUGAGGACUUCAGCGUGCCACUGCAUGUCAACACGAGGACCACGCUUAGAAAUGACAGCAUCAGCCCACAAGCUCCCGACAGGACAUCCUCGAGGAAAUUCAUGUACGAGAAGAUGACAAUGCGCGAGUGGAGCGCCAGCAGCACCCCCGCCACCACGCCGGUGCCAGGCCUGCUGUCGCUGGCCGAGCCCUCAGACACUCGAAUCCGCGAGCGAUCGGAGAGCUGGUCGCGCGAGUCCCGUGCGGGCACGCCGGCGUUCCCCACGCACCCGCGCACGCCCUACCCGCCCACGCCUACGCCCUCGCUCAGCGCGCGCCCGCCGCGCUCGCCGCCCGUCACCAGAAAAGAGCGCGAAGGUAGCCCCGAGUCGGAGUACCGCGUGUACAACGGCAGCUGCGGCUCGCGGCGCUCCAGUCUUGGCGGCAGCGCGGAGCCCCACCACGUGGCCGACGACCGCGUGCGGUUCGCCAGAGACACCAGUCACUACUGGUACAAGCCCAACAUCUCCAGAGACGAUGCGGUAGCAGCACUCCAGCCUUUAGAAGAGGGCGCGUUUAUCGUGCGUGAUUCCAACUCGUUCCCGGGAGCUUUCGGGCUGGCGGUGCGCGCAGGCCCCGCCGGCGGAGUGCGACACUUCCUCGUGGAGCCCACGGCUAAAGGAGUGAGACUGCGAGGCUGCCCCGACGAGCCUGUUUUCAGCUCGCUGUCGGCCCUCGUCUACCAGCAUACCGUAACGCCGCUCGCUCUGCCCGUGCCUUUGAGGCUGCCUGACAGGGAUCCGUGGACGGGUGGCACUGCGAAUGCAGCGGCGCGUGCGCUGCUCGCGACGGGUGCUGCGUGCCACGUGCUGUUGCUCGGGUCUGAGAACACAGAGGCAUUGACCGGGCCUGCGGCUGUGAAGAGGGCCGUACAUAUUGUCUUGCAGAAGAAGGCUCCUGCCUGCGUGGUGCACUUCAAAGUGUUCGGCGGCGGCAUCACACUGACGGACUCCACACGGAAGCUGUUCUUCAGGCGGCACUACCCCGCCAACGGGGUCUCUUAUGCAGGGCUCGAUCCUGAUGAACGACGGUACACUUACGUCGACAAUGGCACGCAAACUGAGAAACGAGUGUUCGCGUUUGUGGCGCGCGCGUCAUUGGGCGCUGAUAACCAGUGCCACGUGUUCGCGGAGCUGGAGCCCGAGCAGCCCGCCACCGCCAUCGUCAACUUCGUCAACAAGGCUCUACUAGGCAAUUCCCAGAAACGGGACAUCAUUUGAAAAUGGUUCAUUGUUAGCGCAGAGCACGAGGACUCGAUCUGUUGUUGAAGCAAAUACUCAGUUCAACCCGUGCGUGACACGCAUGAGAUAGACAUGUUUAUUGUGAACAUAUAACACUUACUUCAUACGACUACUUAUUGCCUAACCAUUCUACGAAUAUGAUUUAAAAUAUGCGAAGAAAUUGAACUUGGUAAUUGUGAACUUUAAUGUUACUAUAAAUAAGUUAUAUUUUCAAAGAUUUCUUUCCAAUACGCUUCAUUUUCACCAAGUACAAUUCAUUAACCGUACGUGUGUUAACAUUAGGGUUAUUUACGCAAAGUAAUUGGAGUAUAAAUAUUAUAUUAAUAAUUUAGUUUAGGAAAACAACUAACUAGUCUCAUUAUUAAUUUAAUGAUAGUUUAGUGUAAUCAUGCGUGCCUAAUGUUAUAUAAGUUACUUUUAGACAGACAUAGAUACAAUAGUACAUUCAGUCCUGCCCGCCAUAUUGGUGUAAAAGUUCAGAAUAUAAGCAUUGUAAGAGUCAAUUACUCAGUACCUAUCUGAGGCCGUGAAGACCGAAUACAACGAAUAUGUCUUAAUAGGUACGUACCUAGAACAUUAAUAACAACACAAUAUAUAACUAUUGAAAAUAACAAGUUCUAAGGAUUUCAUUCCAGUAGGUAAUAAGUUUUUACUGGAAUAUGAAAUUACUAAGAUCACCAACCCACGAAAAUAUCAUGCACAACAUUUCAAUUACAAAAUGCAAAAAUCGCUUGUUAUAGUGUAGGUAAUUGAUGUAGUUGUAACAAAGCAUUGCCUUAGUACAACGAUCGAAGAGAAAUAUUAAAUGUUACGGGAAAUGUAUGGUUGAUGGCACCAGUUGUGGUAUAGUUUAUUUUGUGGUUUUAAGCCAUAGGAAACGCCUUAACAGUGAUCUAAAAUUUUAAUAGCUAUUUACAUUUAAAAAUAAGAUGGUAAUAGAAUAAACCCAGUUUAUGGCGAAAUUAUGUAACACAUUAUUGUAAUAAAUAACUGUUGUAAAAUGUAUUUAUUGGUUAUAUUAUUCAUUAAAAUAUUGACGAAUAAACA